AUGUUUGCAACACGAAUCACAAUUGUUUACGUCGUUGUAGUCCUCCUUUCAGCCUGUUGGGUUAUUGGCAACCCAAUCAUUGAACCAAACCCAGUGGCUGAGCGCGAUGCUCUUGUUCCAAGGGGCAAGAAGGGCGACAAAUCCAACCCCAAGACGGCCGAAGUGAGUAUUCAAGGAUGGGAAGACAUCUCCGAGGAGGACUGCUACCAGAUGCUAUGCAUCCAAAAGAAGGUCACAUAUCAGCGUAACAAGGACAAAGAUAAAAAAAGAAAGCACUAUACUGCCUCAGGCGCUUCCAAAACUCCAUUCAAAGACAAGCACAAUCGAGACUUACGAAACGCCAAAAUCAUUGAUGAUCAGACCAUCAGCGCUGAAGAAUGGCCUCCAGAAAGCGUUGAGGAGGGAGGCGAGAACGCCCACUUGCUCCCUGGAACACGGGGCGAGCAGCAAGCCCAGGGCCGCGAGUUUGCGAGGACUUACAAUCGGGGCACUGGCGAGGACCAUAUCAACCAAGGUGAUUUCUUCAACUUUCAGUUUCAGGGUAAUUUUGCACCUGGUGGCUUUUGCGAAGCACUCUUCGUCCACAAGCUUGUCCCCGGCAGUCCUGAGGCUGAGCGGUUCUGUGGCAAAAACGGCCCAACAACGCGACAGAACAAGCGGGGCACCAGUUACAAGAUGACCGAUAUUGACCAGCAGAUGGUGGACAGAACUCACCUCGGUGUUUUCAACUACCACGGGUCUUACAAGCGUGAUGAGACUGGCAUGUCAAACGAGGCACGAGAUGGAGCUUCUGUGGAGGCUGAAAAGCGCCAGGAUGCGGAUCAGUGGGGUGAUAUCUUUCAGGAAGAUGAUGAAAUUAUGGGGAAAUCUCAAGACAUGGGUCUUGAGCCUUUUAUUAUUCGUUUCGCACCGUCUGAUAAUCACACGCAUUUCGAGAAGGCAUAG